GGCCGUUCCUUUUGAAUGAUUUCACUGCGGUCGGCGCUUAGGGCGAGCAUCGCAGCAGCGGCGCUCGGGGAGCGGCGGCUCAGAGGGCGUUUCGCCCGCGGAUGGCAGCCCGAGGGGGCCGCGUCAUGGCUGUGCGUGGGCUGCGGUGCUGCUAGGAGCCGCACACGGGCUGCGUGUUCGCCCCCUCGCUCGCUCGCUCGCCCGCCCGCCCGCCGGCCGAGCCGGCUGGGAGCCGGCGGGUGCUCCCGUCGACAUGUCGUUGGCCAUGGAGGAAGAAGAAUACUCCAAGCUGCUGAUGGAAUCAGAGCCCGAGUGGCUGCGGAGCGAGAUCAAACGGCUGUUCCAGGAACUGGGCGAGACCACCCGGGAGAAGAUCCAAGCGGCGGAGUACGGGCUGGCCGUACUGGAGGAGAAGCAGCAGCUGAAGCAGCAGUACGAGGAGCUGGAGCUGGAGUACGAGACCAUCCGCACCGAGAUGGAGCAGCUAAAGGAGGCUUUUGGGCAGGCCCAUACCAACCACAAGAAGGUAGCAGCAGAUGGAGAGAGCAGAGAGGAGACCUUGAUUCAGGAAUCUGCUACCAAGGAAGAGUACUACAUGAAGAAGGUUAUGGAGUUGCAGACUGAACUGAAGCAGCUCAGAAAUGUCCUUGCCAACACUCAGUCUGAAAAUGAACGCCUUAAUUCUGUUGCACAGGAGCUGAAAGAGGUCAAUCAGAAUGUGGAGAUCCAAAGGGCCCGUCUACGAGAUGAUAUUAAGGAAUAUAAAUUCAGAGAAGCACGUCUGCUGCAAGACUACACUGAGCUUGAAGAGGAAAACAUCUGUCUCCAGAAACAAGUGUCUGUUCUGAAGCAAAACCAGGUGGAGUUUGAAGGCCUGAAACAUGAAAUCAAAAGGCUUGAAGAGGAAACAGAAUUUCUCAACAGCCAGCUAGAAGAUGCCAUACGGCUGAAGGAGAUCUCCGAACGUCAGCUUGAGGAAGCCUUAGAGACACUGAAGACAGAGCGGGAACAGAAGAACACCCUUCGUAAGGAGCUCUCUCACUACAUGAACAUCAAUGACUCCAUGUACAACAGCCACCUAAAUAUUUCUUUAGAUGGUCUUAAGUUCAGUGAUGAGGCCACAGAGCCCAAUAAUGAUGAAAUCAUGAAUGGAUUCGAACAAAACUGCCUCAGCAAACUCAGCAAUGGCAAGAAUAGUACAUCAACACCCAAGAAAAAUGAAAGCUUCCCACCAGCCCCAAGUCUGGUUUCAGAUCUUCUAAGUGAAUUAAACAUUUCUGAAAUCCAGAAGCUGAAACAACAGCUUGUACAGAUGGAAAGAGAAAAGGUGAACUUGUUAACAACACUACAGGAAUUGCAGAAGCAGUUGGAAAAUACACGGGGGGCCCUCUCAGAGCAGCAUGAAAAGGUUGGCAGACUCACAGAAAACCUAAACGCAAUGAAGAAACUCCAGGUUAGCAAGGAACAUCAGUCUGCCCUUGACAAUGAGAAGGACAGAGACAGCCAUGAAGAUGGAGACUAUUAUGAAGUUGAUAUCAAUGGGCCGGAGAUCCUGGAAUGCAAGUACAAAGUGGCUGUGGCAGAAAUUACUGACCUAAAAGAAGAGCUCAAAAAUCUUAAGGCCAAAUACAAAGAAUGUGAGUCUAAGUAUGAGGAAGAGAAGAGCAGAUACGAGACCGAGAGCCAAGCUCUCACUGAAAAGAUCACCUCCCUAGAAAAAUCCAGUAGGUAUGACAGAGAACAGGUGGCCAGGCUGGAGAAGGAGCUGAAGAAAGUCAGUGAUGUUGCUGGAGAAACACAGGGCAGCCUCAGCGUGGCCCAAGAUGAGCUAGUCACCUUCAGUGAAGAACUGGCCAAUUUAUAUCACCAUGUCUGCAUGUGCAACAAUGAAACUCCAAACAGAGUGAUGCUGGAUUACUACAAGGAAGGUAAAGGUGGACGCAGUAGUCCAGAGGCCAAGGGAAGAAGGUCUCCCAUUCUCCUUUCUAAAGGGCUGUUAACUAUAGAGCUAGGAAAAGCAGAGAAUGGAAGUGGUGACAGCAGUCCAUCUCCAGUGUCAUUGCUGCCAUCACCUGUGUCAGAUCCUCAGAAGGAACCAAUGAAUAUUUACAAUUUGAUUGCUAUAAUCCGGGAUCAGAUCAAACACCUGCAAGCUGCUGUAGACAGAACCACCGAGUUGUCCAGGCAGCGUGUUGCCACUCAAGAACUUGGGCCAGUGGUGGACAAAGACAAAGAAGCACUCAUGGAAGAAAUCCUGAAGUUGAAGUCCCUGCUGAGCACCAAGAGAGAACAGAUAGCAACUCUGAGAACCGUACUGAAGGCCAACAAACAGACUGCAGAGGUAGCCCUUGCCAACCUAAAAAGCAAGUAUGAAAAUGAGAAAGCUAUGGUUACAGAGACCAUGAUGAAGCUACGAAAUGAGCUGAAGGCUUUGAAAGAAGAUGCUGCUACCUUCUCUUCCCUGAGAGCAAUGUUUGCUACAAGAUGUGACGAAUAUGUCACACAGUUGGAUGAAAUGCAGCGGCAGCUUGCAGCAGCUGAGGAUGAGAAGAAGACUCUGAACUCCUUGCUUCGGAUGGCUAUCCAGCAGAAACUGGCACUGACCCAGCGGCUGGAGCAUUUGGAGCUUGACCAUGAGCAGUCCAAAAGGGCACGUACAAAAUCUUCCAAAGCCAAGAGCAGUAACCCAGGCGUAAGUCAUAUUCAGUCCUGCGGAGACAGGUCUGAAGGAUCUGUCCUUAACAACCAGGUUUUUUGUAAUGAGAAAUAUAAAAUCUAUUGUGACUAGGACAGGUAUGUAGAAAAAUCACAUUAUGCAUCUUAUCUUAUGCUGUAACUGUCAGCGUAAAUCCCCACUAUCUAAUGUCACAGUGAGUUGGCUUGUACUAGUAUGUUGUUGAACCAGGUAAUACAAAUUGUAUUAUGGUGGUCUUAACUGUAACUAAUUCGUAAGUAUGGGGAUGCUAUUAACAAGUUAAUAGUGGAAAGGAAUUAGCUUUUUUCCACAGUUAACAUGUAUGGGUUUUGCUGUUUAUGGUGAGUGUUAAAAGAGUACACCUGAUAUAGCAUAUCUGGUGCUACUAAUUGUAGUUUGUGUAGUACAAAUGUGAUCCUUUCUCCAGGGUUGCAGCAUACUUCAGGAAAAGCAUUUACAGGCAGAAACAAACAGAAAACCUUCCUUGUUAUUGUGGCUUAAGAAGUGAUGAAAAGCAAAUGUUAAAAUGCAGAGCAUUUUGAAACUGGAACCAAACUUAAUUUGCCUGUUGUGGCAGAUAUUAAGAACUUGCUGUCAGAUCAUCACUGUCCAAAGUCCUAAAGCUUUUAUAGGCUAUAAAAGCUACAAGGAAUAUUGGUAGGGUAUGUUAUUUACACUCUGCUUCCCUCUCUUCAGAGGGUUAACAGAAUAAACUUGCACAUUUAUAUUAAAAAUACACAAUAUUUACCCCAUCUGAUAUAAAACUUUAAAUUUGAAGAAUUGGGAUCCUAUGUGGUAGACAGUUCCACUUUAAGAAGUUAUGCUGUGGAAAAGUGUCAUGUCCUGAAAGGAUCUUUGUGGUCUGAUAUUGCUCCUUGCAAAGAUAACGCUUUGAAAAGAAUCUGUUUUAUGUAUUACUGUAGCCACACAACAUGUAUGUGUAGAAUUAAUGUGACUAUGGUCUAGUAUUGUCAGUCACAAAACAGGUUUUCUCAGCUUUCAGUAUUAACCUAAAUAGGGUUAGUAUUUCAGAGCUCUGAUCAUUAUUUAUUUUUUAAAUGCACAAAAGAUACUGCAUUCCUUAUGCAAGCACAUGUUUCAUAGGGCUCUACAUUAUAGGCACAGGAAAUUGAACCAGAUCAUUCUGCUAAUAAUUAUUUAUGAAGUAGCUUAGUAUACAUGUUAAUCUUUAAAAACAAGUAAACCUUUGUCUGCUGUUAAACUUCUAAGAGGCCUUUUUAGCCACUUAAUUACAGUAUAUUUGAUAAUAUAGAAGUGUACUUCAUAAUUGGUGCCUACAUAAGAGAAAAAGAUUGAAAAUGUUGCUUCUAAAAUUGUGGAAAACUUGUGGAGCACAGGAAGGCACGCUUCUCUAAACCAGAGUUUUAAAGUGCCUCGAACUUUAUUUUAGUGUAAAGCCCUGUUCAUUUUGUACUCUUUCAAAUAAUUUUGUAUGCCUCUAGUAUUACUAAAAGCAGUGUGAGACUGCAAGUUGUCUGCUUCGUUGUGCUGUUUUAUAAUGCCAUUCUAAUACUCCUGGUGUGGUACUGCCUCAUCUCACUACCAUUUCUUAUAGAUGAUCAGCAGCUUGCUUCCUGCACAUUGCCACUCUGCUUAUAAGUAGUCAGGAGAUAUCACAGUACUAAUACAAGGUAAUAAGGAGCACAGCUUGUUUUUCUAGUGAGGGGAAACCAGAGGGGAUUUUGGCUUCCCAGAUAUUGGGGGAUGGAGAAGAGGAAGACUUCUAAAUUCAUGCAGGGAGACUUUAAACAAAUGGAAUAUUAGAAACCUUGCUACAAAGCUGGGAACAUUGGAACACCACAGCUCAGUGCCAGAAUUGCAUUUAUCAUUAUUGAGAGGAGGAAAAAGUGAUUUAACUGUAAUAUGUUAACUUCAUUAGUACUCAUAUAUUCUCAAACUUCACUGCUUGAUAAGUUUAAAGAAAUAGCAAUUCUGGCUUUAGGAAACCAGGCCCUGUGCAUCUAGUAUUACUUUCUUUUUAGAAAACAUUGAGUUCUCCUGAAUUUGAGCUUUAAUAUUGCUAAGUAGCAGGUCUGAUAUUUUAGAAGCGAGACAUCUUUUAACAAUUUUCAAUCCUGCUUUUCGUGUUACUGCACAAUCUUCCAAAAGGCCUUUAUUCUUCUCAUUGUUGCAUUAAGAAUAAUUUAAAAAUACUUUGUAAAAGCCACAUUUGAAUGCUAACUUUCUCUGCUUCUAUAGAAACAGUUACAAUUUUGUUUCCACUACUAAAGGUAGGAAUUUUUAAUACGCUUUUCACUGCUUCCAUGUCUCUAACGGCAGUAAUUUUGCAAAAUACUAAUGGCAAAAAGGUAAAUUGGAAACCAUAAUUGGAUGCAUUGUUAGUUUAUUUCAAAUUAAUUGGAACUUUCUUGAAAGAUUUCAGUGUUACCACCACAGUGGUACCAGACAGUAGUACCCCAGACUAUUACUAUCAGUCUUGACUCAUGCUUUUAGUUCCAAGUAGGAACAAUUUUGCUGUUAUGCCAGUAGUCUCAGUAGUCAUUUUCAUCUUCAUUAAUUUCUGUGAAUCAUCAAAAAAACAAGCAAAAAAGCCAACCUGACUGCUGUUUGAGCUUGUCAAGUUUAUGGGUUGACUUCUUGGAGCACGUGUUACAAAAAGAAGUGAAGAAUGGUGAUAAGGUGACUUGAUCCUGCUAUUUGUAUUUUUAGAUAAUAUUUAAGAUUGAGUCUUGUCAUUCUUGAUUAACAGUUUCUUGAAAGGUACAUUUUCUGUAAGUCCUUCAUAUCACUUCCAAGGGGUUGGGAUAAAGCAUGGAAAAUUCCUUAAGCUGUCACCUACCUCUGCAAGCAGGCUCUUCUUCUGAAUUAUAUUCUCUGCAUUGGCCUGAAUGAUAUAACUGACCUGCAUGUCUCUGGAGAACCUGAAGCUUCACUGAAAAUGUUUCUUGCACGUUCAUCGCUAUUAAGUUGUGCUUGAACAGCAAAGCUUUAUUCAGUACUUGUAAGAAAUGUUCUUUCUGCAAAGCUGUUCCUUCCAGGCUAAACUCCUACAGCAUUGUUUGACUGGUGAGCUAAGGUAGCUGCUUCUACCCCAAUAAGCUAACAGACACCCUCAGCCAACUAACCUGCUUUUGCAGCACGUUGUUUUCAGUUCUUUGAGAAAUAAACAGAUUCUGAUAUUUAUUUUUUUUUUCCCUAACGCUAUUUUAUUUUUCCAUUUUCCAGCUGUAGAAUAGUCCCUGGAGAAGGCCUUUCCAUCAGUGCAACAACAUUUCUUAGCCUCUUUCAUUAUGGUAGCCCAUUGCACAAAGAAUGAAAACCACUGACCUGAUCCUAAAUUUUGAAAACACCUUUUCCUCUAUAUACUACCUGAAACUUCCUUUUUAUGUCUGAAGCUAUAAAACAAACAAGCUUUACCUAAAAGUGCUGCUGCAGUAAGAAAACUUACAAGUGCUGAAGAAACCUACUUCAAAUAUAAUGAUCACCAUAUUAGUUUAUGGUCUACUAGAAAUGUUCAGAUGGAGGAAUUUCUUAUUGCAGAUGCUCAUUUUUGUCUGAUUGUUAAACCUCUGCACUUUUGAUAUUUUGAUAUUUUUCUUUAGCUUCUUUAAUUCCUUUUGUAGAAUGAUUUAUAUAAAUGCAGUGGUUUGUGCUCAUAGUCUCUCUCCAAUUUGGGCUUGUGAUAUUUGACUUCUGCAUCAGCAUGUGGCAGAGAUUUUUUGAGGACUCUAGGUUGUAGUUAGAAAAGAGUUUCAACAAAAAGCAGGAGCUCUGCUAAACUGUGCUGUGCUUCAGCAGCUUUUUAUUAUAAAAUAUUAAGCUUUAUAUGUCUAAAUUACUGAUUUUUUUUUUUUAACUGCCAUGUUAAUUAAGAAAUCCAGGGUAUUCAAAUUCUGGGGUUUUUUUCAUAUUGUAUUAUUAUUCUUAGGAAUAGUUCAAUGUAACAAGAAGAAAACUUGACUCUGCUCUGGUUAAAACAGUAAUAGGCACUUGAAAAAUAUUAAAGUAGUAUUACCUAUAAAUUCCAGAAUUCCUGGGUUCUAGGAAGUUGAAGUAUUAUUGAUUAACAGAAUUUUAUACAACUAUACCAGUUAAAUUCCAAAUUGGAAUUGUUUUGUUACUUUUUCAUUUUAUUGUGCCAAAUUAUGGUACAUCUAGAAAGUAAAAUUCUAAAGUUGUCAAUGAUAGGGUGUUAUAUAUCAGCGCCUUUCUGUCAUUAAUUAUUGCCAGUAGUGCCUUUAAUCGUUUUAAGGGAGACUCUUAGAAUAGCUUAGUCCAAGUCCUGUAACUUAGAAUAAAUGGAAAAGCUGUUUUGGAAUUUAUUGAAGACAUGGAGCAAUAAGUGAAACUGUGUGAACUCCCCCUUCGCACGUUUUAAUGGGUAGUCUUACAUAGAGAUUAUAUAUUCAAGGAAUUGUAACAAAUUCUGUUAGUCAGUGAUAUUUCAUCAGGCAAAUCCUUGCAAAUUCAGGGCUGUAGAGGAAAAAAAAACAAAAACAAACAACAAAACAAAACCAUCAAACUAAACAAACCCAAAUACACUGUGGGAACCAAACAGACUCAUGUUGAACAAAGAAGCAAGAUAUAUUAACACAUCUGUGAUAACAGUACAGAAAGCAUAUUGGGAUUGCUGGUAUUACGUUAGCUUUGUUGGUGGUGGAUGCAUUUAACUAUAGUAUUGUUUGCGAAUGUGAACAGCAAAGCAUUGAUAUCUUCUCUUGCAUGUUGUAUCUAAUUGUAAUUUCAGGAAACAGAAACAGAGAAGUGCAUCAACAAGCUGUGCCUAUUGCUCAGCUGUUUGUUGAGGCUCACAUGAAUGAUUAAAUUGGUACUUGCUGAGGGGGAGCAUUCCCACUACUCAAAAAAAGUUCAAAUUGAAAUAAUAUUGACAGUGGGGAAAAGAUUUCUGUUUGCUGGAAAGAACAUUAUUAUUCCUAGACGUGGGGACUUGUACUUCCAUUUCUGUUACAGUAUUGAUUCAUAAGAAAUAUUGUUACAUUUAAAAUAACUACAUUUGUAUGUGGGUAUUUAUUUGGAAUGAUGUCCAAGUACUGUAUUAUGUUUUAUGUGCAUUACCUUUUAGUGGUGGAUUGGUCUCCAUUUAACAUCAUAUGCAUGUAUUCCUGCCAAGUAACCUUUACACAGAUCUGGAAAAAAAAGUAAAUAAAAAAAAAAACGACCAACAAAAAAACACAAAAAAAAAAGAGAAUGUGGAAACUUCUGUGAAGUGUAACUGUGUGUCCAUGGGUGACCUGAGGGGUAAAGAGGGCAAAACCUUACUUCCAAAUUAAUAGAAAUAUGUUUAAUGUAGGAAAGAUCUGCCUGCGUAAAGGUAGUCACAUCGGCAGUAUCAAUAAAAGAAAACAGGAAUUGCA